AUGGAGGCCACCAACAUACUGCCCAUUCUGAAGAAACGACUAGCUUUCUUGUCAGGUAAUAAUAUGCUCCAAUCAGUCGAAGCUGUUUAUCUUUACUGUGACCGAGAUGGCUUCUUGGAAUGAACCGCACUGAAUUUACAUUGAUAAGUGUAACAUUACAUUUACCAUUGAUCAUCUUUACAUAGAAAUGCCCAACAGUAGUACUACUUUACAAUGGUCCUCAUGCAACUGGCCCAAGCACUUCCUGUGCUGCUUAUUGAACAUUCCCAGUCAGUGAAAUAAGCGUACAGCAGUGACGUAGCAUUAUCAAGGAAGUAAAGGCAGGCAGAGUUGACUAAAAAUUAACUUGAAGUUAUGCAUGCUUGUAUAAAUCCCAGGAUUGUCAAGCUUUGUGUGUACCCCACAUCUAACUCUCACUUUCCUCAAGUUGCUUAAUCAUUAUAGCUGUUCAAGAGCACAACCAUUUGAAGUUGCUGUGUUAUUGUGGUCCUCUGUAGCUCAGCUGGUAGAGCACGGCGCUUCUAACGCCAAGGUAGUGGGUUCGAUCCCCGGGACCACCCACACACAAAAAUAAAUGUAUGCACGCAUGACUGUAAGUCGCUUUGGAUAAAAGCGUCUGCUAAAUGGCAUAUUAUAUUAUUUAUUGAUGUGCUUCUCAUCCCUCUCUAGCCUCUGAAGGGUGUGUAGUGUUAGUCCUUGGUCUAGGUGUGUAGUGUUCGUCCUUGGUCUAGGUGUGUAGUGUUAGUCCUUGGUCUAUGUGUGUAGUGUUAGUCCUUGGUCUAUGUGUGUAGUGUUAGUCCUUGGUCUAGGUGUGUAGUGUUAGUCCUUGGUCUAGGUGUGUAGUGUUAGUCCUUGGUCUAGGUGUGUAGUGUUAGUCCUUGGUCUAGGUGUGUAGUGUUAGUCCUUGGUCUAGGUGUGUAGUGUUAGUCAUUGGUCUAGGUGUGUAGUGUUAGUCAUUGGUCUAGGUGUGUAGUGUUAGUCCUUGGUCUAGGUGUGUAGUGUUAGUCCUUGGUUGUCUGAUAAAUCCCCCUCUCUACUCUUUGCACUGGCAGGCAGUGUGUUGUGAUGAAGGUGAUAAUAGCCUGUUGUUAUGUCCUGCCUGCUGCUGGCAGAAUGAGGUUUCUCAUCAUGUUGAUGAUGCUGAUUUGAAGGUCACAGCACCAGGACUGCAUCAGGGAGGGACUCUGUGUUCAGAUACUGUUGAAGGUCUCAUUGACUUACUAGGCACUAGAUACACAACAAAAGGAGGGCUCUGGUCAAAAGUAGUGCACUACAUAGGGACUAGGGCAUUAUUUGGGACGCAUUCAGAGGCAGAGCUCCCACCAUCAUUACCGCUGUCCGUGGCGUUUACAAGACACUACUCCUCCUUUAAUAGAUUAUUCUUGGCCGGCCGUACUUGGAAUACUUGGUUCUGCCUGACCUUCUCCAAAGUCUGCCAUUAUAUGACUGUUAUUUUCCUCCCUAGUCAGUCCUCUUUACACACACUUUUUAGUGUGUAUUCUUAGAAAAUUCAUUGUUAAUGACUCGUACAAUGAAUCAGUGUAGAUACCAUAGAAUUAGAAGGAGUAGAAUGGGCUUGGAACCUCUGACCAUGUCAAUUUGACUGGUACACUCAUGGGUACCCCCACUACGGUAGAUACACUAGGUCUCUUUUGCGAAAUAAAUGUUAUCUCAAUGAGACUAACCUGUAUAAAUAAAGGUGAAUAACAGUUACUUUUCUGGUUGUUUCACAUUCACAGGAGGCAAGGACAGACGCAGUGGGCUGAUCCUAACCAUUCCACUAUGUACAGAACAGACUAGUAUGGAGGAGCUCAGCUCCACGUUGGACUACCUCCUCGGCAUCCCCAGGUAAGAAUCAAUCACUGGCAUACACCCCGCCCCAAAAAAUAAUGCUCCUUUAUUAUCUACAGUUCAAUAGAUCAUUGUAAUCAUCAUGCUUGUUAAGGUAGUCUACUUUUAUUAGAAAAUGUAAUAUGAGCAGAGAGCCUAUCCUUUAUCUGGCUGACAUUCUAUUCUCUUGCAUAGCAACAGUAUUGGACGCUCGUUAGACUCUGUUCUAUUUGGAUUGAGCUAGUUCUGCUACAUGAGUGUGUAGGAGAGAAGACCAACAUAUUAUGCUAAGGAGGAUCAUGCUGUGUUAGCUUGUGACUCCUGCAUGAUGAUCACACACUUUCUGCUCUGUAUUCAUCUUGGCUUUAUGGUCCUGUGUGGCUCAGUUAGUAAGAGCAUGGCGCUAAGGUUGGGGUUCAAUUCCCAGUGGAAUGCUUGCCUCAUCUACAUAUCUGAUGCUGUCUUAUAUUGAGCUAUACUGGGAUCCUUGGUGUCCAAUUCUUGGAACAAGAGCACACAUUAUUACAGGUAGACACAUAAUCACCAUAUUUCUCUUGUCUUCUCUCCUCUCUUUAGUGACAAGUGCAAAGCAAGAGGCUUCACAGUCAUCGUGGAUGGACGAAGGUCCCAGUGGAACAUUGUGAAGACGGUGGUACUGAUGUUGCAGGUAGGAACUGAUAAAAGAAGGGGUUCAUGUUGCAGGUAGGACACAGAGAAUCAGCACUGUGUUCCUUUUAGGAUAAAAGCACAGUUUACCCCACACUGCAUCGAGACGAGAGGUCCAUAUUUCUGUGUAUCAAACGGAGGAACACCCGUCAAAAACAUGACACCUACAACUCAUUUCAAUCUACAGUCUUCAUCUUCUACUGCGUUUGGAAUGUAUAGUGGAAUACAUGACAGUCAUCUGUACAGUAGAGAGUACUAGAAAACAUCCUCUACAGUUUGACAGCAUGAUGUCUCAUAUCAGACAUGGAGUUUAUUGCAAUCAGUCAGUCACUAUUGUCUCUGUUCUACUUUGCAUAGAAACAGUCAGGAAAAUAAAGCAUUCUGCUAUAACAGACUCGUGAUCACACACACCAAAGGCUAGUUAAGAAGACGAUUCCAAUGCCAUGCUUUGUUGUAUAAAAAAUACUGUCUGUAGCGGGGGGUUGAGCUGAGGAGUGAGGAUAUAAAAAUACUUUCACAUGAUGAUGUGUUCUGUUCCCAAUGGCCUAUUUAACAAUGUUCAGUAGAUUUAACUCUUUAAAACCAACGUCUCUCAAUCUAUAAUCAUCCUAGUGAAUAAUCAUGAGUGUAAUGAUUAAUUAGCGCAGGAUAGAGGAGCAUAUGUCUGAGUGAGAAGCAGAUGUGGACAUGGAUCCAGGUCUACUUCCACCACAUUAACACCUCUCUACCAAUCAGAACAUGACAAUGCUGGGAGGAGAAAUAAAAUGGUGGUCCAACCCAGAUGUUGCUUUCUGUGUCUCGUCUCUGUUGACCCUACCUGCAAUAAUAACCCUCCAAAUGCCGUUAAACAUUACAGUGAGGAGCUAUGGAGCCAAAUCUGGUGCAAUAUGCAUUGUGCAUGGUCCCUAAAAAAAUGAAAUAGAAAUAGACAUCUCAGAUCAAAUGCUUCGCCAGCAAUCAAGUGAGAAGUGAUUAAGACAAAAAGGAAUCUAAGCUGAUUAGAUGUUAAGAAGAGUAGGCAUUAGAUCUCUUGAUGAGGCUGCCUGAUUAUACCUUUAAACAAUACUUAGUGUUUUUCCCUGAAGUCCAGGCUCUGUGUUGUGCUAAUUAGGGCACACUAGUAAAACAUUUUAAACCAUUGUCCCUCACUGUUUUAGGCAUUUUCUUCCAUUUGAUGCCUAAUGAACAGGAUCCAGGCUCUGACCUCCAUCCACUCUGCAGUGUGGCCUAUGUCAGCAGACAGGCUGAGCUCUGUCUGUCUCUGCUGUAUUCUGCAGUCUGUCUGCCGCAGACCUGGGUUCAAAUACUAUUUGAAAUAAUUAAAAAUACUUUAGCUGUGCUUGUUUGAGCUUGCUUGGCUUAAUGAAUAGUCCCAAAACUGUAAAGCCUGCCCAUCUGGCACUCUAGGCAUGCUAGAGCAAACGCUCAAGGUAUUUGAAAGAUUUAAAAUACUAUUUGAACCCAGGUCUGCUGUACUGUAGUCUGCAUUCUGCCCUGACCUGGUUUUGUCAUUGCAGAUUGACUAUACGGUGUAAAAUGCUCUUGGUAGAUAUCUCCAGUCCCCUGCUAUCCAUAGACCUCUGCAGAAACAGGAGCAGGAAAGAUGGGAUGACAGUAUGAAAUGUACUAUCUGUUGACACACUAAUCUGCCUGCCACUGUCUGGGGAAAACGCUGCUGCAAGCUACUCCUCAUUUAGUUGCCUACCAUGUGAUGUGAUGGGGAAUUUCACUGCAGGAUUUCAUAGAAAAACUGUGAUGUGCUACACUGUUAUUGAAAAAAAAGUACAUGUUAUGGUGGUUUAUGUUAUGUUAAAUUACAGUUGCUGAUGGUUUAUAAGAUUUUUGUAAGCAUACCUUCAAAUUGAGUGAUACUUAAAAGUGCAGCGUUUCCCCUAAGAUUUUUUUUCAGCAGCGUUGGCAAAGUUAGCGUGGGAGGGAGGGGGGGGGGGGGGUAGUGGGUGUGGCCAAUGGCGCAGUUUUAGAGGCCUUCCUCUCAUGGACUGUGAUAAAAAUUGCAGUUUCAAAGCAAAUUUCCUGCAAUUAUACACAUUUUGUCAUGGCUUAUGCCUUGUCCUUAUGUGAUUUGAGUGACUCAAACAUUAUAACAAAAUCAAUGGGGGUCCGAUGCCAUGACAUUUUUGAACUUUUAGGACCUCCCUGACUGUCUAGUUUUUAUUUUGGUGAUUGUUAGUUCUCAAAGAUUUUCUUAUAAAAAAAUAUAUUGCUCCAUUAUCUUUCCUACAUGCUUUAUAUCUGGUUUAAGUUUACACUGAAAAGGUUUUUACCAUCCCGAAAACUAUAAAAAAUAAAGUUUUCUUAAAUGGAAUUUAAAAAAAAAAAAUUUUGCAGUGGCGGCCACCAUUUAGUGGUGCGCCGCUGCUAAAUGCAUAUAGGGAAAUCACUGAAGUGUUUUGGGGAUGACAUUUCUGUCUCUGGAAUUGAAUGUGUCCAAUAAACCAUUGAAAGCCUUUUACCAUUUAGCUUCUUUUUGUAUAUAAUUUUUUAUAUCCCAUUAUUUCUAGAACGUGAUUCCAGCAGAGGUGUCUCUGGUGUGUGUGGUGAAGCCUGAUGAAUUCUGGGACAAGAAGGUCACUCAUUUCUGCUUCUGGAAGGAGAAGGACAGACUAGGCUUUGAGGUGAGUGAGUGAUACUUAAAAGUGCAGUGUUUUCCCUAAGAUUUUUUUUCAGCAGUGUUGGCAAAGUUAGCGUGGGAGGGGGGGGGGGGUAGUGGGUGUGGCCAAUGGCGCAGUUUUAGAGUCACUAGGGGACACGUUCUUCUUAUUCCUCUCUUUCUAUCUUGCUAUGUCUAUGUGUUUGCCUCUGCCUUUCUCUCUCUCUCCUUUCUCUCUCUCUCCUUUCUCUCUCUCUCCUAAUAAUGUUGUUCCUCUGAGCAGCAGCAUCCCCAGCCACCUCCCAGGGGGACUAAUUAUGGCCGGAAUUCAAUUUACUUUCCUUCACAAACCAAUGAUUCCAAUGUUGGUGGUUGGGCGGUAUACAAAUUGAUAGAGAGGAAUAGAUAUUUCAUUCAGUCAGUAUUCAAUUUGGCAUUGUGUGCUGUAUAGGUAACUCCUAUGGUUGUUGUUAUUGCAAUGGCUAGUGAUUUCUAGUGAUCUUCGCUGGUUCUUUUGUGGUUGCCCACUCCACAACAGCACUCAAAUAUAGCCAAUAAACCCCCAGAGGAAUUGCUGACAACAUGUUAUAGACCAAUAUGCAUAUUUGAAUCUGUCAAUUGUGGCUGAUAGAUAGAUGACCAAGGUCUGUUGUAGACCGCAUGGCAGCAUUUGUCUAUUUUAAGUGCACUGUGUGGUGAUUUAAAAGGUAGACCUUUAUGACUGGAAGUCAUCAUUGUAUCCGAAAAUUCAUGCAUCCUGCAAUAUUCCAACCUCCCAUAUGGCUUUAGUCAUCUCUUCCUGAAGGAUUUAUAUUAAUAGAGGGGUGGGACACACACACACCUCAAGUUUCUAUUUCUCUGUUCUCAGAAUACCCCUCACAACAGAAUGAUAGUAAUGGAAGUAUGGUGGAAGGAUACAGGCUAGUUUGUUUGGUAGUAAUGGGGUGGCAGGUAGCUUAGUGGUUAAGAGCGUUGUGCCAGUAACCGAAAGGUCGCUGGUUUUAAUCCCCGAGCCGACUAGGUGAAAAAUAUGUCGAUGUGCCCUUGAGCAAGGCACUUAACCCUAAUUGCUCCUGUAAGUCGCUCUGGAUAAGAGCGUCUGCUAAAUGACUAAAAUGUAAAUGUAAUGGAAGUAUGGAGUAGGAAUACGUGGUAAUAGUUAGUCUGACCUGUCUGCAGCAUGGUCUCCUUCAGCGUGGACUAAUACUAUCAUCAUGUUGCUUGGCAACAGUCAUGUGGAUCCAGAGCAGAUGCAGGCUGCAGUAUACAUGUGUCUCUUAGAAGGACAGAAAGAUUAGUGUCUCCAGCAUCGUCACUGUGUCCGUGUGUGUGCCUCUGUCCGUGUGUGUGGAAAGAGUGUCCUGACACUGACACUAAUUCCCGAGGUCUUUGUUGUUGUUUUUGCUUCCAACAGUUCUGUAAUGAUCUGGGCCAGCAGUACCCUCUAGCUCUCCCUCCCUAUAACUCCCGUGCUUCACCAGAUGGCUCUGUUAGAUGGUUGAGGUGGUCAAUUUAUUGGUUUUUGGAAAUGAAAGGGAAUUGGGGGAAAAUACUUGGAAAUUGUGAAAUUGACCUAGAUUAGAUAGGGUGGAUAAGGUGCUUUUAUUAAUCUAACGUUACUGUUGAGAAUGAAAUAUCUUUGAACUAAGUGGUUGGCUGAAAUGUAUUGGGCUCUACUGCCCAGAACCAAUCUGGCAUGAACACCGGAGCAUAUGGAAAUGUAACAGGGCAUGAAAACCCAGCAGAAGGAGUGAAGUCUCACUCGUAGUGCCUGCCACCUCAAUCUCAAGGAACUAGCUAUUUGGUAUGUUCGAUAUGGACUGCAUUUCAAAUCACCUUGCACCAUGUACUGAUUAUUAUUUGUAUAUCAGUCAGUAAGUCACAAUUUACACAUAAUACAUCAUAGAUUUGAUGCUCUCGAACAAGGCCAUUCUAUUCUGAGGGGACACGUUCUUCUGUUAAUGGAACAAUCUCACAGUGAGACAAAGCAACACUUAUGGUAGAGAGCUGACUCACUGAGACGCAGCUAAACAAUAACGCCACUGUGGUUUUAAACCCUGACACAAAAUGCUCUGCUUGAUUUGCCAUUCCGUUUAAAAGUACAACAUUUAGGAUUGUGAGCUCACACAAAACACCCCUCGAUAUGCCUUUCAGUUUCAAAGCACUUCGAUUAGGAUGGUGAGCUAAGCUUAUACCCCAUCAUAUUUGAAAAGCAUCUCAGAGUAGGAGUGUUGAUCUAGGAUCAGUUUUUCCUUUUAGAUCAUAAUGAGUCAGAUUAUAUGGACAGGUCCUAGAUCAGCACCCCUACUCUGUGACUGUAUGAAUACAUGCCCAGAGAGGGAUAGGUUGUCUCUAUCCAGAUGUAAUUUGAUACAUACUGGGCUGUGGAAGAGAAGUGAUGGGAUGGGUCUGUUAUUACUUAUGUUUUUCUUACUGCUUCUCUUUCGGAGGUUGACAAUCUGACAUCAUCAUUGUCACGAGAACCUUCAGGCUACAGUUUUCUUCCUUGUUAUUUGGAGGCUAAUUGCGAAAUAAAUGCACAUGCAAACAGAAAGCCUGUGUGUUUGUGUAUGUGUGUGAUUCUCCUGACCUUGUUAGUCAUAUGCAGAUGAAGAGGCCUCUAUCGAUUCCACACGACAAUGUGGAUUGAUGUACACACACGCACACACACACACACACUAGGGAUUGAUUUACAUCCAUUAAUAUUUAUCAACGAGUCAGUCAGUCUGCAUGUGGAGAAAUGUUAAUAAUCAGAAUUAGCAUCAUGUCUAUUUCAUGUGUGGUUUUCACUGCAGCAUGAUGAUGAUUGUAUAUGUGUAUGUGCAUCUCUGUAGAGACCGAAACAAAACAUUAGCAUUAUGAUAGCCUCUAACUACACAGUUGUUCAGGGUUGAUGCCUCUAACUAUAUAGUUCUCCAGGGUUGAUGGUUGAUGGCAUUGUAGAUGGAGUGUGUGUUUAGCAUCUUACGGCCAACAUUGAGGAUGUGUACAAGGGGCCACUCUGGUUUCUGCUUUCAGAUUGUGAUGCGGUUGGUCGGAGCUAGGAUGUGUUAUGUUCAGGGUCACCAUACCGGGGGGGAUUUAAAAGGAGAGUAUGUAAUUAUGCAAAUCUUGAUUAAAAACAAACCAUCCAGAUUAUGGUAGACUGCUGAGAAUUUGGGAUACAGAGGGUUCACUUGUAUUUGGGCUUAAGCUCUCUCAUCUCUUUAUUCAUGUUGCACAUGCUCUCACUUUAAUCUUCUGGGUGAGGGGAGUAUGAGUUAUGUCUCUGUGUGUACAGGUUAGGAUGAGUAAUAUCUGAUAUUCAUUGAGUAAUAUUCACAGCAUAGACUGGUGAGGAAUCACAACAUAGUGAUAAUACAAGAUAUCUAUUUUUCACUUUACACUCCAUUGGUGCCUGCACUUUGUACUCCAAACAACCAGGUAUGGCUGCCAGAUAGAUCAGUCUCAACAAACACACCCACACAUGACAUCAGACAGGCAGAUAUCAUGAUGAGAAUUGACGUUAUUUGGAGAUCUUGAUGUAAAUAUUUUCAGGACGUAUCCAGGAUGUGUUUGUGUUGAGGACUGGAGUUCAGGGCCCGUAUUCAUAAAGCAUCUCAAAGUAUGAGUGCUGAUCUAGAAUGAGAAAGGCAAAACUGAUCUUUGUGAAUAUGGGCCCUAGUCUCUCUGUCACAGGUGGAAAACACUCUGCUGUGUUCAUCUCAUCUGUAGGGGCUCCCGCGUGGUGCAGUGGUCUAAGGCACUGCAUCUCAGCGAUAGAGCCGUCACAACAGACCCUGGUUCGAUUCCAGGCUGUAUCACAAUCCGGCCGUGAUUGGGAGUCCCAUAGGGCGGUGCAUAAUUGGCCCAGCGUCGUCCGGGUUUGGCCGGGGUAGGCUGUCAUUGUAAAUAAGAAUUUGUUCUUAACUGACUUGCCUAUUUAAAUAAAAAACAUCUAAACAGGCCUGUAUUUGGAAGGAGGAAGGAUGAGUCCGAGAGAGAUAGGAGGAACAGCCGUGGAGGAUAACAGGCAGGGCUUACAGAGAGACAUGGCUCUCCCAGAAUCUUAUUCCAGAUGUACAUGUAUUUGUAUUCCUAUUCCAGAUUUCAAUCCCUAUCUAGUUUGUCUGGGUCGUCAACAUUGAUGUGUCAAACUGAAAACUUUAUUCCUAUCUAGUUAGUGUGAGUUGUUAACGUUCAAAAGUUGUUAACUUUAUCCAGUAUGCGAGGCCAUCACACAAGGCCACCAGCUGUGUUUAGGUCUUGCUCCGCUUGACCAAUUGUUUCUACAUUUUAAGAAGGUGAGUCAUGCAUUUAUACUGUCCAAACUUGGAUGGUAUUAGCGUGAUGAUAAAAUCAUUAAAUUCCUUAAUCCACAGUGGGGAUUGAAUAACUGGCUCUGACCCUGUCUCUCUGUUCUCUUGUUCCAGGUUAUUCUGGUGUCUGCCAAUAAGCUCACACGCUACAUCGAGCCCUGUCAGCUGACUGAUGAGUUCGGAGGAAGUUUAGUGUAUGAUCACAUGGACUGGGUGAACAAAAGACUGGUAAGCCUAGCUGCCAUUUUAAAGGGACACUUCGGGAUUUUGGCAAUGAGGCCCUUUUAUCUACUUCCCCAGAGUCCAUUUGUAUGUCUCUGUGUCCAGUAUGAAGGAAGUUAGAGGUAGUAUCAUGAGCUAAUGCACCGUGACUGUGUACAAUAGCACGCAUUUGGAUGUCACAUUUGAAUCCUAAAGAUGAAUGUCCAUUUUUUUGAAAAUGUAUAUAACAAUGAUACAUUGUUUUGCAGGGUUGGGGUCAAUUCCAGUAAAUUCAGGAAGUACAUUGACAUUCCCAUUCUCUUGCUUUUGCAUGAGGAACAUUUUGAAUUUGGUUUACUUUCCGAAUUGAAAUGGAAUUGACCCCAACCCUGUUGUUAUGUGACAAACAUACAUGUACAUUGUUACACAUUUGUUCCUCCACAGGUCUUUGAGAAGUUUACCAAAGAGUCCACGUCCCUUCUAGAUGAGCUAGUGGUCAUCAACGAGAGUGAGAAAAGCAACCAAUUAGACAAAGAAAGGUAUUUAUUUUGCCAACAUAUUGACUAUUAUAUCUAUUUUUGCUCUAAGUAUCCAUGAUUGAGGAAAGGAAUUGAACAUAUAGGCCAGUAAACACAUUGCUUACUUAUCUUUCUCCCAGGCCACCAGAUUGUAACUUCCUACCAUCAGUUGAUCCUGAAACAGUUCUACAAACCGGUAAAUAUACCAAUCUUUGUGCAUAUGUCAUUUGUUAAUACAAAUAGCUGAAUCCAGGUAGCCUAGCUAGUAGAGCUGUGUGUUUCUAAACCAGUCUGGGGUCCAUUUAAGUUGAAUGGUACAGGAUGCAGAGAUGAUUUGAUGUUAAAAUGUUAACCACCGUGUUAACCACCGUGCACGCCACCAGCAGAGAAGACAUUUUCCACUCUGCGUAACCCUUCAGUAAACAGACUCCUAGGGUGCGUCCCAAAUGGCACCCAGUAGUUUUAUUUGCAGGCCUCGUGGCGAGUAGUGUGUCACUUAAACAGUUUUACUAUAGUGAAAAUAUUUACCCAUUCAGAGGAAGGCCAUAGCAGAGCUGGGGCUGCGUCCCAAAUGGCACCUUAUUCCCUUUAUAGUGCACUACGUUUGACCUGGGCCCAUAGGUCUCUGGUCAAAAGUACUGCACUAUAAAGGGAAUAGGGUGCAAUAUGGGAUGCAACCCUAGAAUGCCAGCACAUAGCAGAGUUGUCCCAAUAAAAGGAGCAUUGUCUGGUGGUUGUGGAAUGGAUGGUCAGCUCAACGCGUCUCUGGUACUGUGCUUCCCACAGAAGAACUUACUCUGGCUAUGUCCCAAAUUGCAUCCUAUUCCCUACAUAGUGCACUACUUUUGACCAGAAACCUAUGGGCCUUUGUUAAAAGUAGUGCAUUAUAUCGAGAAUAGGGUGCAAUUUCGUAUACUUCCUACACAACGCCUGAUGCUCUCUCUCUCUCACUCUCACUCCCUCUCUCUGAGCGAAUGCCUUGCAUAAUGAAUAAGGAGAGGGAUGGGCUGCCCUGUCAGUCUUGUUUGUGUUGUUACAGGCACAACAGCCAGGCUAGGAGAUACAGCAUGAGCUAGAAUAAGAGCAUGCAUAUGAUAUAAAAACAAUACUCUGUCCUAUUUGUUGUGUUUUGUUAUCAAAGAAUGGACUUGGAAGGCUUUCCAGUGUAAUUAAUCUCUGUUUAAAGAGGUUGGGAUGCUGUUGAUGUUGGUAUUAUAAAUACAUGAAUAGCAAUAUUUCCCCUGAAGUACUACUCCACAAAUAAUGCACCUCUGAGAUGGAUUUUGCAUCUUAAUGGCUGACAUGGAGGAACUUGCUGUCAUCCACAUACUGAACUGUAGUACACAUCUCUCUCUCUCUCUGGCUGUCUCUCUCUCUCUCUCUCUCUCUGGCUGUCUCUCUCUCUCUGACUGUCUCUCUCUCUCUGGCUGUCUCUCUCUCUCUUUCUCUCUCUCUGGCUGGCUGUCUCUCUCUCUCUUUCUCUCUCUCUGGCUGGCUGUCUCUCUCUGGCUGUCUCUCUCUCUCUGGCUGUCUCUCUCUCUCUGGCUGUCUCUCUCUCUCUGGCUGUCUCUCUCUCUGGCUGUCUCUCUCUCUUUGGCUGUCUCUCUCUCUCUGGCUGUCUCUCUCUCUGGCUGUCUCGCUCUCUCUGGCUGUCUCGCUCUCUCUGGCUGUCUCACUCUCUAUGGCUGUCUCUUUGGCUUCCAUCAAAAUACAUUUCAAUGGCAUCUUAUUGAAUCUUCUCUCCACUUAUCUAUUUCACAUAUCCACACCCUCUCUUUCUACCUUUAUCUCUCUCUCUCUUUCUCCCACUAUCACCCCCUAUUUUCUCUCUCUUUCAUUAUCUCCCCCUGUCACUACCAUUCCCCCUCUGACCAUCUCCGUCUCCUCUCUCCCCUCCAGGCCACGAGUUGCUGUCGGAGCUGCAGCAGCGGAGGUUUAAUGGGUCAGAAGGAGGUGGUGUGGCCUGGUCCCCCAUGGAUGAUGAGCUACUGGCCCAGCCACAGGUACAAUAGAAUAACCCCAGAGGGAACUUCAGUUAUGGCAAGUCGGAUAAGAUGUAAAGAUAUACAGUACCAGUCAAAAGUUUGGACACACCUACUCAUUCAAGGGUUUUUCUUUAUUUUUACUAUUUUCUACAUUGUAGAAUAAUAGUGAAGACAUCAAAACUAUGAAAUAACACAUAUGGAAUCAUGUAGUAACCAAAAAAGUGUAAAACAAAUCUAAAUAUAUGUUAUAUUUCAGAUUCUUCAAAUAGCCACCCUUUGCCUUGAUGACAGCUUUGCACACUCUUGGCAUUCUCUCAACCAGCUUCAUGAGGUAGUCAUCUGGAAUGCAUUUCAAUUAACAGGUGUGCCUUCAUAAAUGCGUUUGAGCCAAUCAGUUGUUUUGUGACAAGGUAGGGGGGGUAUACAGAAGAUAGCCCUAUUUGGUUAAAGACCAAGUCCAUAUUAUGACAAGAACAGCUCAAAUAAGCAAAGAGAAACAACAGUCCAUCAUUACUUUAAGACAUGAAGGUCAGUCAAUACGGAAAAUUUCAAGAACUUGAAAGUUUCUUCAAGUGCAGUCGCAAAAACCAUCAAGCGCUAUGAUGAAAGUGGCUCUCAUGAGGACCGCCACAGGAAUGGAAGACCCAGAGUUACCUCUGCUGCAGAGGAUAAGUUCAUUAGAGUUAGCAGUCUCAGAAAUUGCAGCCCAAAUAAAUGCUUCACAGAGUUCAAGUAACAGUCACAUCUCAACAUCAAUUGUUCAGAGGAGACUGCGUGAAUCAGGCCUUCAUGGUCAAAUUGCUGCAAAGAAACCACUACUAAAGAACACCAAUAAGAAGAAGAGACUUGCUUGGGCCAAGAAACACGAGCAUUGGACAUUAGACCGGUGGAAAUUUGUCCUUUGGUCUAGAGUCCAAAUUUGAGAUUUUUGGUUCCAACCGCCGUGGCUUUGUGAGACGCGGUGUGGGUGAACGGAUUAUUUCCGCAUGUGUAUUUCCCACCGUAAAGCAUGGACGAGGAGGUGUUAUGGUGUGGGGGUGCUUUGCUGGUGACACUGUCUGUGAUUUAUUUAGAAUUUAAGGCACACUUAAUCAGCAUGGCUACCACAGCAUUCUGCAGCGAUACGCCAUCCCAUCUGGUUUGGGCUUAGUGGGACUAUCAUUUGUUUUUCAACAGGACAAUGACCCAACACACCUCCAGGCUGUGUAAGGGCUAUUUGACCAAGAAGGAGAGUGAUGGAGUGCUGCAUCAGAUGACCUGGCCUCCACAAUCCCCCGAACUCAACCCAAUUGAAAUGGUUUGGGAUGAGUCAGACGGCAGAGUAAAGGAAAAGCAGCCAACAAGUGCUCAGCAUAUGUGGGAACUCCAUCAAGACUGUUGGAAAAGCAUUCCAGGUGAAGCUGGUUGAGAGAAUGCCAAGACUGUGCAAAGCUGUCAUCAAGGCAAAGGGUGUCUAUUUGAAGAACUUUUUUGGUUAUUACAUGAUUCCAUGUGUGUUAUUUCAUAGUUUUGAUGUCUUCACUAUUAUUCUAUAAUGUAGAAAAUAGUAAAAAUAAUUAAAAUCCUUUAAAUGAGUAGGUGUGUCCAAACUUUUGACUGGUACUGUAUAGUAAACAUAUAACAGCAAAAUUCACACAUAACAUGCAAAUACUAUACAAGAUACUGUAUAUACAAGAUAAACUAUUAUUUCAGGUCAUGAAGCUGCUGGACUCCCUCAGGGAACAGUACACCAAGUACCAGGAGGUGUGUCGCCAACGCAGCAAACGAUCCCAGCUGGAGGAGAUACAGACCAAGGUCAUGCAGGUACUGCACACACUGCCCUAUGAUAUCACAGUCUGCACACACUGCCCUAUGAUAUCACAGUCUGCACAUGAGCUGGUCACUGCACACACUGCCCUAUGAUAUCACAGGCUGCACAUGAGCUGGUCACUGCACACACUGCCCUAUGAUAUCACAGUCUGCACAUGAGCUGGUCACUGCACACACUGCCCUAUGAUAUCACAGUCUGCACAUGAGCUGGUCACUGCACACACUGCCCUAUGAUAUCACAGUCUGCACAUGAGCUGGUCACUGCACACACUGCCCUAUGAUAUCACUCACUGGACACAUACUGAACACACACACACCAACAUACUACACACACCCAAACACACUGCACAAUGCCAACACAUUGCAGUGCACACACACACAGCCCAAUGACAUCAUCAACACCAGCCUAGUGCCCUACACACACUGCCCUAAUGGCAACACCAGCAUAGUGAAAUACUGAUGCCAGGAUUCAAACAAACGCAGAUUACAGACAUCGCACUGCCUUGACUUUAGUCCAAUACCUUCAUCAACAGCAGCCUAAUGACCAGACUGAGAGAGACAAGUGUAGAAUAAAGCUUCUCUUUUGUCCAUUGUGUUCUGCACUUUGUCUCAGAGAGGUUUACAAGCUACACACCAACAGGAUUUCAUGAGGAUCAGUUCACCAGGCACCUGGAAGACCCAGUGGUUGUGAGACGCAGAGGCUACUGUAUGAGAGCCUUCUUCAACAUAACUUGUUUUUCUUCUUCAGUGGAGUUUUAAAGCCAGACUCCGGUGAUAAAUUGCCGUAGCCCUUUACACACGUCACCAUAUAAGGGUUGAAAAGGGCAGAUUUGGACACUGAUAAGAGCCUAAAUUGGAAUGCAGUGACUGUAUAGUAACAUGCUAUACAUGACAUCAGAGAUCAGGGUCUUCGCUUCACAGCUCUGUAAUGGUUUUGACGACAGACAUUCUGAACUUGAGCACCGCGCGUGACAAGAAGUUGCCCCCAUCCCUCCAGCUAACUGGGCAACUUUUUGUUGUCUGAGUGAGGGAAAUGCUGUAAAUUACGAGGACUCUAUGUAUUUUGUCCCCCCCCCAUUUUGCCCUCAGAACAGCCUCAAUUCAUCGGGGCAUGGACUCCACAAGGUGUCGAAAGCGUUCCACAGGGAUGCUGGCCCAUGUUCAUUCGAAUGCUUCCCACAGUUGUGUCAAGUUGGCUGGAUGUCCUUUGGGUGGUGGACCAUUCUUGAUACACACGGGAAACUGUUGAGCGUAAAAAACCCAGCAGCACAUACUACCAUACCCCGAUCAAAGGCACUUAAAUAUUUUGUUUGCCCAUUCACCCUCUCAAUGGCACACAUUCUCAAUUGUCUCAAGGCUUAAAACUCCUUCUUUAACCUGUCUCUUCCCCUUCAUCUACACUGAUUGAAGUGAAUUUAACAAAUUACAUCAAUAUGGGAUCAUAGCUUUCACCUGGAUUCACCUGGUUAGUCUGUGUCAUGGAAAGAGCAGGUGUUCUUAAUGUUUUGUAUACUCAGUUAUACACAAUCACUAUGUUUGAUGUACAGUUACAGGAUGACAUGGUGUUAUACCCUGGGUUGUCCUGAACAGAAUGAGCCUGUUUGUUGUAUUGGGAAGAAAACUGCGCAUCAGAAUGCACUCAUGACCAAAAUUACCAUCUUCUUAUCUGAAUUGCCUUGUGAAAGCCUAAAACUGUAAGAUUGUAUUUUAUAAUUUAGCUAGUCGUGUUGGCAAUAGAAUAAGCUUUCAAAUUAUGCCCACCUGACCCAGAUUGUGAUUUAUAACGGACCGUUCUUGGGUAUUGCGUAAACAUCAACAGUAAUUGUGUAAAGGCGUGGAUGCAGGGCUGUGUGUUCCUCAACGACACGAGAGCUCAAAAAAGCACCUAAAAAAGCACCUUAUAGUUGAGUCAUAAAAGUGCAGUGAAAUGACUUAAGAACUGUGCACACUUUGGAGAGGUGUGUGGCCACUUUGAAACACCAGUUAGAACUCACUCAAACUCUUGUAAUUUUUUGUUGCACUUAGCCGCAAUUUUCCAAGAAUAUUCUUAUGUUGCUGAAUGUAUCCAGAAUAUUUUCUGAUUUUGUUAUCAACAAAUGUAAAUGUAAAAUGCACAUAAAAUCAACAGUGUAAUGUUUGGAUUCAGUCUUGUCAGGUGAACUGUUGUCGUCACCUUUAGUCUAAUACUUUUCCCAUAAUCUCCAAACUGUUCCCUUUUAAUUUCUACCAUGGUUAUGCAUUCCAUAUUUCUUCUGUAAGAAACAUUUCAAUUUAGCCCUAUCCAUGAAGCCAAUUCCCAUGAUUGUAAGGGGUUAAAUGUCCACAAUGUAACCAACUGGUAUCAAACCCAGGUUAUUAGGGUAACGAAUUCACAUUCCAGUGUCAGCUGUACAUACCACUGGAUGGAAAAACUAACUUCCAACUGUUGACGUCUAGUCUCAGGCAGGUGUGUGUACAAAAUGGCACCCUGUUCCCUAGUGGGCCCUGGUCAAAAGUAGUGGGACCUGGCCAAAAGUAGUGCACUAUAUAGGGAAAGGGUGGUCAUUUGAGACAAAGCCAGGGUGAGCAGUCAGCACACAUGGGUAUAUCUCAGCACACUUCCUCCUUGGCAGCUGGCACUACCUCAUUUCCUGUCUGUAACCAUGAAGGGAAAUGCCUUUUCUCCCAUUGGCCGAUAGAUUUAACUCUACUUUAGCAUAUAAAACAGUGGUUCCCCGUACCCCGUCAUGUGCAACUGAUCAUUUGGCCUAUGUUCUUAUUAGUCUUCCCAUAUAGGCUACCACCUGUCGAUUUGCCUGGUACCCUUAGGGGUACUAGUACCCCAGGCUGAGAACCACUGAUCUAAAGAUGUCAGCAUUGUGAAUGUUUUCCAAUGCAAAAGGAAGUUAUAAGGAAGUGAACAGAUCCUGAGAUAUGAUGUGAUGUGUUCCAUGGAAUGGAUGGAUUCUAUUUUAGAUUCUAGAUCCUAACGGAAUGAGCAGUCUGUUGCUAUGGUGAUGAAGAUGUUGUUCAGUAGGCAGCCGUAGGAUGAUGGAUUAGUUUGGCUAGGGGAGUUUGGCCUAGUUCUUAUCUGCUGGGAGUAGAGAUGUAGUGCUGUGUAGCGAGUGGGGGAGUAGUUUGUAAGCUGUAUUGCUCCGAGCUAUAUAGGAGACAGGCGGGAGAAUUGCUUAGCAAGGCUAAAGGAUGAUGCAGAAGAAGUCAAACUCAACACACUGAACUAUUUGGUCAUCCCUCUUUCAAAAUUCAGUGGAUUCUAACACCUCUUCUUGAUCAUCCCUAACUAAUGCUGUAUUUGAACCAGAUGUUGAAUUAGAUUUAUCAUGAUAUCCUUAUCUUGUCCUGAGAUGUCAGUUUCAAGUAGACACACACAGAAAACAUUAGUACAAUAUAUCGUGAACAAUAUUUACUUUAUAGGUAACGUGGCAAAAUAUUUGGCUGUGCUGACACAUGGUGCACUAUUUGAACAAUGAGCCUCAUUAUACAACAUUUUCAAUGUCAAUACAUGCUUUAUACGCGUUGUCACCUGCUAGCUUUUAAGGAAAGUGUUACGCCAUUGAAACCCCACACUGAUUUAAAUUUGUUCCAACCAAUAAGGGACCUCCGAUACCUGGAAAGUAGUUCAUUGGUGGGCCUGGAGGAAGUGAUGAAGCAUUUAUUAAUGAUUGUGUCCAAUCGGGGAUCUCACAGAUACCUGGAAGAUAUUUGAUUGGUUGAUCCUGGGGUGUCUGAGUGAUGAAGCGUGUUAAUGGGGUCUUUCUCUUUCUUGUUGCUAUGCAGGUUGUGAAUUGGCUGGAGGGGCCUGGCACAGAGCAGCUCCGAACACAGUGGGGGAUCGGAGAUUCCAUCAGGGCCUCACAGGCCCUGCAGCAGAAACACGAGGAGAUAGAGAGCCAACACAGCGUAAGGACAGAAUAAAACAACAGACACAAAACAACAGACGCAACACAACAUAAUGCAAUACAAUACAACACAAUACCACAUUACACAAGACACAUAAUUGGCCAACAGACACAACCCAUCCAUACAGCAGAAACACAAGGAGAUAGAGAGCAAACACAGCGUAAGGACACCAGACACGAUAACACAACAGACACGAUAACACAACAGACACGAUAACACAACAGACACAGCUCUAUUACACCACUCCUUGUUCAAUGUUCAUACUUACUCACAGAGAUGAGAAGAGUUGUGGAGAUAGAUAGCUGCUAGUUCUCUCUCUCUCUGCAGUAGAAGUACGUGUCUUGAAGAGCCCAAUAAUUAGGUCACUGAAUAUGAUUAUGGAUUUAGAUUGUUAGGAAGAAUCUGUUAGCUGCCAGGAGACGUACUGUAGUGAAGGCACUAGGCAGAAGACGUACUGUUCUGUAACUGUUUUUUCAUAGAUCAGUACUCUCUGGGCUGAGGAGCAGGGGCAAAGCAGUACUAGACUAAAACUAUGGAGUAAAACUGAUGUAGGUAAACCAUUGAAGUAAAUAAGGUACAAUGUUUACAUCUGGAAAAGGCUUGUGUGAUUUCACUAACAAAACAACAGCUGGCAUUAGUAUUUUCCUGCUCAAUCACCAGAUUCAGGCCAGGCCAGGAAGUGACUGCAGCAGCAACAGCUGUGGGAUAUAACGAAUGUCUCCCCUGGCUGGGUUUAUAUAAAAGACCCUGAUGAAUCAUUGCUCUGGGCUGGAGCGUGCCCUGGUGACGGAAACAGAGAAAGCCGGCAAGGGUGUAUACAGUGGGGGAAAAAAGUAUUUAGUCAGCCACCAAUUGUGCAAGUUCUCCCACUUAAAAAGAUGAGAGAGGCCUGUAAUUUUCAUCAUAGGUACAUGUCAACUACGACAGACAAAAUGAGGAAAAAAAAUCCAGAAAAUCACAUUGUAGGAUUUUUUAUGAAUUUAUUUGCAAAUUAUGGUGGAAAAUAAGUAUUUGGUCAAUAACAAAAGUUUCUCAAUACUUUGUUAUAUACCCUUUGUUGGCAAUGACACAGGUCAAACGUUUUCUGUAAGUCUUCACACACUGUUGCUGGUGUUUUGGCCCAUUCCUCCAUGCAGAUCUCCUCUAGAGCAGUGAUGUUUUGGGGCUGUCGCUGGGCAACACGGACUUUCAACUCCCUCCAAAGAUUUUCUAUGGGGUUGAGAUCUGGAGACUGGCUAGGCCACUCCAGGACCUUGAAAUGCUUCUUACGAAGCCCCUCCUUCGUUGCCCGGGCGGUGUGUUUGGGAUCAUUGUCAUGCUGAAAGACCCAGCCACGUUUCAUCUUCAAUGCCCUUGCUGAUGGAAGGAGGUUUUCACUCAAAAUCUCACGAUACAUGGCCCCAUUCAUUCUUUCCUUUACACGGAUCAGUCGUCUGGUCCUUUUGCAGGAAAACAGCCCCAAAGCAUGAUGUUUCCACCCCCAUGCUUCACAGUAGGUAUGGUGUUCUUUGGAUGCAACUCAGCAUUCUUUGUCCUCCAAACACGACGAGUUGAGUUUUUACCAAAAAGUUAUAUUUUGGUUUCAUCUGACCAUAUGACAUUCUCCCAAUCCUCUUCUGGAUCAUCCAAAUGCACUCUAGCAAACUUCAGACGGGCCUGGACAUGUACAGCUUAAGCAGGGGGACACGUCUGGCACUGCAGGAUUUGAGUCCCUGGCGGCGUAGUGUGAUACUGAUGGUAGGCUUUGUUACUUUGGUCCCAGCUCUCUGCAGGUCAUUCACUAGGUCCCCCCGUGUGGUUCUGGGAUUUUUGCUCACCGUUCUUGUGAUCAUUUUGACCCCACGGGGUGAGAUCUUGCGUGGAGCCCCAGAUCGAGGGAGAUUAUCAGUGGUCUUGUAUGUCUUCCAUUUCCUAAUAAUUGCUCCCACAGUUGAUUUCUUCAAACCAAGCUGCUUACCUAUUGCAGAUUCAGUCUUCCCAGCCUGGUGCAGGUCUACAAUUUUGUUUCUGGUGUCCUUUGACAGCUCUUUGGUCUUGGCCAUAGUGGAGUUUGGAGUGUGACUGUUUGAGGUUGUGGACAGGUGUCUUUUAUACUGAUAACAAGUUCAAACAGGUGCCAUUAAUACAGGUAACGAGUGGAGGACAGAGGAGCCUCUUAAAGAAGAAGUUACAGGUCUGUGAGAGCCAGAAAUCUUGCUUGUUUGUAGGUGACCAAAUACUUAUUUUCCACCAUAAUUUGCAAAUUACAUUCAUAAAAAAUCCUUCAAUGUGAUUUUCUGGAACAAGUAUUUGAUACAUUGCCGAUUUUGCAGGUUUUCCUACUUACAAAGCAUGUAGAGGUCUGUAAUUUUUAUCAUAGGUACACUUCAACUGUGAGAGACGGAAAAUGACAUUGUAUGAUUUUUAAGUAAUUAAUUUGCAUUUUAUUGCAUGACAUAAGUAUUUGAUACAUCAGAAAAGCAGAACUUAAUAUUUGGUACAGAAACCUUUGUUUGCAAUACAGAGAUCAUACGUUUCCUGUAGGUCUUGACCAGGUUUGCACACACUGCAGCAGGGAUUUUGGCCCACUCCUCCAUACAGACCUUCUCCAGAUCCUUCAGGUUUCGGGGCUGUCGCUGGGCAAUACGGACUUUCAGCUCCCUCCAAAGAUUUUCUAUUGGGUUCAGGUCUGGAGACUGGCUAGGCCACUCCAGGACCUUGAGGUGCUUCUUACGGAGCCACUCCUUAGUUGCCCUGGCUGUGUGUUUCGGGUCGUUGUCAUGCUGGAAGACCCAGCCACGACCCAUCUUCAAUGCUCUUACUGAGGGAAGGAGGUUGUUGGCCAAGAUCUCGCGAUACAUGGCCCCAUCCAUCCUCCCCUCAAUACGGUGCAGUCGUCCUGUCCCCUUUGCAGAAAAGCAUCCCCAAAGAAUGAUGUUUCCACCUCCAUGCUUCACGGUUGGGAUGGUGUUCUUGGGGUUGUACUCAUCCUUCUUCUUCCUCCAAACACGGCGAGUAGAGUUUAGACCAAAAAGCUAUAUUUUUGUCUCAUCAGACCACAUGACUUUCUCCCAUUCCUCCUCUGGAUCAUCCAGAUGGUCAUUGGCAAACUUCAGACGGGCCUGGACAUGCGCUGGCUUGAGCAGGGGGACCUUGCGUGCGCUGCAGGAUUUUAAUCCAUGACGGCGUAGUGUGUUACUAAUGGUUUUCUUUGAGACUGUGGUCCCAGCUCUCUUCGGGUCAUUGACCAGGUCCUGCCGUGUAGUUCUGGGCUGAUCCCUCACCUUCCUCAUGAUCAUUGAUGCCCCACGAGGUGAGAUCUUGCAUGGAGCCCCAGACCAAGGGUGAUUGACCGUCAUCUUGAACUUCUUCCAUUUUCUUCCAGUUGUUGCCUUCUCACCAAGCUGCUUGCCUAUUGUCCUGUAGCCCAUCCCAGCCUUGUGCAGGUCUACAAUUGUAUCCCUGAUGUCCUUACACAGCUCUCUGGUCUUGGCCAUUGUGGAGAGGUUGGAGUCUGUUUGAUUGAGUGUGUGGACAGGUAAUACAGGUAAUGAGUGGUGAACAGGAGGGCUUCUUAAAGAAAAACUAACAGGUCUGUGAGAGACGGAAUUCUUACUGGUUGGUAGGUGAUCAAAUACUUAUGUCAUGCAAUAAAAUGCAAAAUAAUUACUUAAAAAUCAUACAAAUGUGAUUUUCUGGAUUUUUGUUUUAGAUUCCGUCUCUCACAGUUGAAGUGUACCUAUGAUAAAAAUUACAGACCUCUACAUGCUUUGUAAGUAGGAAAACCUGCAAAAUCGGCAGUGUAUCAAAUACUUGUUCUCCCCACUGUGUAUAUAUAUAUAUAUACACACAUACAGAGACAGAGACUUGUUGUGGUAUGUCCCACAGCCUUCAGCAGGUAUUGUUGGUAUACAUUAUUAGCCCAACCGUCUGUGUUUGCUGGUAUGAAUUCAGACUCCACAAAAUAAGUUCCCUCACAGGAAAAUAACGUAUUUAUUUUGUAUUGUAGUGUCUGCCUCUUCUGCUCUGUAAUAACGCAUGUGUUAUUGGUUGUGUAUAUACAGGACUGCUUGCUGUGUAUGAUAAUGUGUCUUAUUGGUUUUUUAUUUCCAGGAAUGCUUUGCAGUGUAAUAAUGUGUGUGUUAUUGGUUGUAGGAGUGGUUUGCGGUAUACGUGGAGCUGAACCAGCAGAUAGCAGCGUUAUUGAGUGCUGGAGACGAGGAGGCUCUAGUGGAGCUGAAGGGUCUACAGCAGCAGCUCAGUGAUGUCUGCUACAGACAGGCCAGCCAACUGGAGUCCAGGCAGAACGUACUGCAGUCAGCACACGAAUUCCACGGCACUGCACAGGAUGUAUUUAUCAUGGAUUAAUUAAUUGAUUGAUUGAAUUUAUUUGAUAAUAGAAAAAUACCUAUACAGCCAAGAACAAGAGUGACAGUGAUUCUCACCAAGUCAAUCCUUAGGGCCAGUACCUAGGGCCAGUCCCUUGGCACUUGUGUACUGUACAUCUUUGAGGUUUUUAUAUUUGAAAGCAAUAUGGCAACAAUCAGAGGGCAAGAUGGAGCUACCACCACCCAUAUUGCUUACGCUUACCAAGUCCUCCAAUCUACAUGGAGUGGGGGUUGAUUUGGGAUUGUCAUAAUAAUAUAGACUUCUAACUGUAUGGACUAGAGCUUUUUGUUGCCUUUGUACUAACGCCCCAGUUUACCCUCCCAGCUGUCCCAGCAACUGGAUGGUCUACUGGGCAUGCUCUGUGCAGACAUGGCCCCUGCUGACGGAGCUGCCAUCCAACAAACACUCAAACACCUCGAGGAGAAACUCAAGAGCGUUGGUAAGCACAAUUUAAUUGAUAUUAUUAUAUUACUAUUAAUUUGUGUAAUGUUAUUAUUCAUUUAAUUUUUAAGAAACAAAAACUCUAUGGCUUAUUUAAAUGGGUAACUGCAAGAAUAAGGUUUGGUUAGAAUAUUUUAAUAGUGUUAGUUGGUUUGGUUAUUGAGGAAUAUUCUCUGCUGUGGUGCUCUGUCCAGAGGGAGCCCUUGCAGGCCUGAGGGAGAAAGGUCAGGUCCUGAUGGAUCAGAUGUCCAACCAGACGACCUGGUCCUAUGGGAAGGACGUUCCCAUCGAGAACAAAGAAAACAUUGAUCACAUCCAAGGAGUCAUGGAGGACAUGCAACUCCGGAAACAAAGGUUUGCCCAGAUGUAUUUUUAUAAAUAUAUUCUUCUGAGCAUGUAAGGCUCCAGCUGCUCCAGAUAAUGCUGAAGUUGUUUACAAAGCUUCCGCGAGUCAGACAAUUUCUGGAAUAUCAUGGAAUUUUGGACAUUGCAAUGGAAAUUGCCAUGGAAAUGACCAUUGUCAUGUUUUAAGAGUGUUUUGGUUCUGUCUAGAUGUGAAGACAUGGUGGAUGUGAGGAGACUGAAGAUGCUUCAGAUGGUCCAGCUGUUCAAGUGUGAGGAAGAUGCAUCACAGGUCAGUCUAUGGGCCUCCCCUUCUUCAUCUCUGUCAGUUUGUUUGAUGGUUUAAGCUCUGUUGGUUCUGGGUUGCAUACUUCAACAUGUCGCUGAUGUGUUUGGUGACUUGUUAUUAUUGACAUAUUGUUUUUGACAUGUUGUUGAUGUGUUGUUGUUAAGAACACCUUGUAAACCUCAUACCUGUGUUGAUUCUCAGGCGGUGGAGUGGCUUGGCGAGCUGCUGGAUGCUCUCCUGAAGACCCACAUCAGGCUAGGGGACGAUGCACAGGAAACCAAAGUGCUGCUGGAGAAACACAAGAAAUUUGUGGAUGUUGCACAGGUACUAAUCUCUCGUGGCAAGCUGUUGACAUACAUGUACAGAACACAACCCUGAACACAUUACCACAACCCUGAUCAUCUCUCUCUCUGUGUUUCAGAGCACCUAUGACUACGGCCGUCAGCUGCUUCAGGCGACGGUGGUGUUGUGUCAGUCUCUACGCUGCACCACGCGCUCCUCUGGUGACACCCUGCCACGCCUCAACCGGGUCUGGAAACAGUUCUCUGUCACCUCUGAGGAGAGGGUCCAUCGGCUGGAGAUGGCAUGCUCUUUCCACACUGCAGCUGAGAAGGUGGGUGGAGAAUGGACAGUAGUUACUGUGAAAAGAAUGAGACACUAAGAAAAGGCUUUUUCCCUGUCUAAAGCUUAUUUGAGCCUAUGGAAAACCUACGGGUUGUGGGGUUUCAUGACAUAAGGUAGUGAUGAAUGUUCUAUCAGUGUAUGAACCAUACAGGCAACACUCAAGCCAACAUUUUAGGUAAACAAUUAGCAACUAAACUCCAGAACAGCCUCUUUAAUGAUCAGUGUUGUAGUGAGUCCGGUCUCGAGACCACAUAUUGAGUGUCUCGGUGUUGGAUACAUUUUUACUCGGUCUUGACUCUGUCUCGGACAAUGAGGACUCGUAAUUUCUCCCCGAGAGCAGCCGAUACCAGAGGAGUAAAAAACUCAUAAUUUUCAGCUCCCAUUCAGUCAGCUCAUAAAACCACUUCGCCAGGCCAAAUAUCCACACUCCUUUCAUGGCACUAUGUUAUUAUCACCAAUUGAAACCUGGGCUUCCUACUUUACUGGUAACAUGACUGUCCUUUACUUUCACUGAAAAAUAUCCACAAACUUUGUCGCGCUCGUCUGAAUUUCUUUCGAUUCGCUGGAAGGGGAAAUUGUUUGAAAGCUCACUAGGCUAUUAUUAAGGGGAGACCAGGGGGAGUUGUAACAUAUUUUGUAUUUUUAUCUAUUAUAGACCUGUUUGGGUUAGUGAUCAUUUGGAGAGUGACUAUUUGUGGCUCUCUGUUUUCACCAUUCUGAAUGUCUAAAGAAUCCAUAUGUUCUUUUGAAAUAUGAACACAGAAAUACAGGACAUUUUGAAAUCUUAUUAUGGUGACGAUUUGACAGAAUUACAAUCAUGGUCUUGAAUUGGACUCACAUUUUUCUGUUCUCGGUCUUGACUCUGUCUCGGACCCAUCACCCCCGUCUCGGUCUUGACUUGGUCUCACCCCCACUCCUUACACACCACCACCACCCCCCUCCGGUCUUGGUCUUGACUCUGACUCGAUUUGCUUCGGAAUUGGUCUUGAAUCGGUCUCGCUAACAGAACACUGUUAAUGAUCCUCCUCUGUUUCCCUGCCCCCCUGUCUUCUCCAUCCCAGGUGCUGGUCCAAGCCAGCCCAGAGCAGGGUGAUCUCCGAGUGGAGGUGGAGCAGGAGACCUAUGAGGAGGUAGAGACGGUGGGGAAGGCUCUACUGGACAGACUCACUGUCCCUGUUAUAUUCCCAGAUGGGUAAGAAACAAAGGACAGGUCACACUAAGACCUGCAUGACUUUAGUGACUCCCUGAAACUUGUCAUGGUGCGGGUUAUAGUCAAUGCUGGUAAAGUAAUUUACUCCUCAAGUACCAAACUUAAUUUACGCUGGCAUGGCAACUGAUGUUAUCCAGUCACUAUAACCAUUUAUCAAUGUCAUGGAGUGUACAUGAAGAUGUUUGACGAUCUAAUGAUGCAUGCCACUUUAAGAGGAGAGCUGAUGCCUUGUUGUUGAUUCCUUCCCUCCACUAUGUCCCCCUUUAGGAGUGAGCAGUACUUCGGCAGCCCAGGAGACAUGGCGUCCUCUGCUGUACACAUCCGGGACAAGAUGAAGCUGGUGGAGGACAGGAAACUGACUCUGCACGAGGAAGAUGAAGACUUUGAGCAGCUACAGUAUGAUCAGAUACAUGACCAGGAUGAAGAACUACAAGAUGAUGAAGACCUACAAGAUGACCAGGAACUACAAGAAGUGGACAAAGAACUACAAGAUGGAGAGGAACUGGAACUGGAGACGAACACUCAGAAAAGCUAAUGGAGCACCUUUAACAGCUAACCUAGUUCCAGAUCAGUUUGUGGUGUCUCGACAAAUCAUAUGGCCAUUGGUGUGGCAAUCAUAGGAGUUUACAAGACAGCAUAAACAGAUCUGGGACCAGGCUACGAAACAGC